GCUCGCGUUGUUCUGAGGCGUGCGUGCGCGCGCGCGGGCGUUUACUUACAGCACUGUUCAAUCCUGUAGCGAUAAACUGCGGAACCCACGUAGAAAAAAAAACCCAAUAUGCCAAACGCGUGUAUAUAAUUUUGUUUUGUGAUCUUUUAGAGUAAAAAUGGAUUUUCUCACCGGGAACCCGUUUUCCUCUCCGGUGGGCCAGCGUAUCCAGAAAGCUACUAAAGGCUCCCUAGAGGGCGAGGACUGGGGCAUGAACAUGGAAAUCUGUGACAUCAUAAACGAGACAGACGAUGGACCCAAAGUUGCGACGAGAGCCCUAAAAAAGAAAAUCGUGGGAAAUAAAAAUUUCAGAGAAGUCAUGCUGGCACUGACUGUUCUUGAGACUUGCGUGAAGAACUGCGGUCAUCGUUUUCACGUCCACGUGUGCACCCGUGACUUCGUCGAGGGAGUGCUGGUCCGAACCAUUCUCCCCAAAAACAAUCCCCCUAUGGUCUUACAUGAUCGAGUCUUAAGCCUCAUUCAGGCAUGGGCCGAUGCUUUCCGCAACGUUCCGUCACUGUCUGGUGUGGUGUGUGUUUAUGACGAUUUGAGGAAGAGAGGCCUGGAGUUUCCUAUGACUGAUUUGGAUGCUUUAUCACCCAUACACACCCCCAUCAGGAGCACUCCGGAAAACAAUACACCUGCCCCACCUGCUGCAGAACCCACAACACACACUCCUAAUGAGGCAGGGACUCACACUGCAGAUAUCCCCCAGACGAAUGGGACACCUGCACCGAUCUCACCUGAACAGAAACAGAAGCUAAGAGCAGAUUUGGACCUGGUGAAAGGAAACCUCAGUGUAAUGACCGAGAUGCUGAACCAGCUUAGACCAGGAGAGAGCUCACCUUCAGACACAGAGCUACUUCAGCAGUUGUCCUCCGUGUGUAAGGAUAUGCAGAAGCGAGUAGUCGAGCUCAUCCCUAGUCUGUGUGAUGAAGAGCUGAUUGGAGAAUUGCUCAUCAUCAACGAUGAUCUCAACAAUGCUUUCAUACGAUAUGAGAGGUUUGAAAGGCUGAGCACGGUCCAAAGACCACCAACAGAACAACAGGCGGCAGGAAAUCUUAUAGACCUUAGUACCGCUUUAGCACCAGUCAUUCCGAUGGUAAAUCCACCCGUCAAUGAGCCUGUGGCCCAGCCUACAUCUAAUCCCAUAACGAGUGCAGGAGAUGAUGAUGAAUUUGAUAUGUUUGCCCAGACGAGAGGAAGCUCACUGGCUGAGCAGAGAAAGAGUGUUCGAUACGAGGACCCUGGCGCAGUAGAGGGCUUAGCCGAAGCACUAGACACUCGGCUCCAGGUCACAGCAGGGCGUGAGUGUGUGAAGAAUGUGGCAAGUAACUGGAUUCUUCAAUCACAGUGGCUUUACAGUGAGGAACUGGUACCAGCACCACAGAAUGCUGUUAUGGAUGACAUUGAGAAGUGGUUAUCUGCAGAAACGUAUGAUGAUUAUGAUGAUGAAGGUGUUACCAGUGAAGAGUUUGACAAGUUUUUAGCGCAGAGAGCAAAAGCAGUGGAACACCUUCCUUCUGUAGAGAAAAACUCCUCAACCCCCGCCAACUCUCAACAAUCAGCACAGAAACAAGAGAGAGCUCAGGAUCAGCUCUUCACCCUCUAACGCAUUAAAGUCAGCGAAUGAAGUACGUAGAAGCAGGUAGCCAAAAAUGCACUGCUUAGAAGUAGCUCAUUUCACCUCACUGCUUUUUAGCCGUUUGUACAGAACUGCAGAACUGCAUUGUGGCCUUUCAUUUACCGCUAUAGUUUAUAGUUAAUUACUUAAUAACUGAUCAUUUUGUAAGAAAGCAUAAGCUUUCUUAAUUAAAAUAUCUUGUCUACUUACUGUAUUUUAAGCUGAAUGAACAGCAGUGUCUGUUGACAUGUCGAGAUUUAUUUUAUCAAGCAAAUGAAUUUAUUGUGAUUUGUAGAUUUCCAAAAUCUUGUACACUAUAUUCUGCAAUAGCCUGAUUAUUGCACUAGAGAUUAAAAUUCUGUGUGCUUAUGUAAAGAA